AUGGAUGAUGUAAAUGAAGUAACCGAAUUUAAUAUAAGAGGGACGAUAGCAAUAUUAGUUUCGUUAUCCAACUUACUACUUACUACAGAUAACGGUAAAAGGUUUUAUGGUAACGCGGAAGGUAGUUGGUGUUGUAUUGAUAAAAAUAAAGAUUUUCAAGAAUAUCGAAACUGGUUUUCAUUACGAAAGAAGUCACGGAAGGGUUUUACAGAGAGUGAAUUGAAUAUGAAAGCUUGUUUGGUACCAGUCGUCUAUAUCAUACUCGUAUUUCCAUUAGCCCUUC